AUGCGGUAUGCUGACCUUCGCGCCCUAUACGCCCUUGUCGAGGGGUUAGGGUGGGAGCGUGUACCAGAAGUUGAGUUGGUACUAAUUGCAGAUGGUGCGGUUGGCGCAUUAGCUUUGACCGCAGCACUAGCAGAAGAGCAGGAGACAGCAUUACCACCUGGCACAGUUGUCAAGGUGUUCAAUGAUGGAGCAUUAAAUGAUCAUGUGGUGAACAAAUGUUUAUCAAGAAGUUGUACCAAAUGCAAUAAAAAGCAUAACACGUUGCUACAUUUGGAAGUUAACAAUCAAACAAAACAGAACAUUCAACCUAGCUCAAGUGGGUGCAACACCGCAGUUACCACAGCGACAGCAAACACAUCCACAGGUCAUCGUGAUUAUGUUCUCUUGCCAACUACAAGAGUCAAAAUAACUGCAUCAAAUGGAAAUACAAGUGAAGUCCGAGCAUUACUAGACUCUGGUUCGCAAGUGAACAUAGUCUCUGAGCGUCUUGUCAAAAGGCUCAAUAUAUCAAAAACAAAAUCGUUAUUGUGCAUAGAAGGUAUAGGAAAGGUGCAAAAAAAUUCAACACAGCGAGUUAACAUCAAAUUGCAAUCACUUAACUCAAGGUUUACUACAGAAGUCGAAGCGUUUGUGCUUCCAAAUAUAGUUCCACCUCAACCAAGUUGCAGCUACGAUAUUUCCAAAUGGAAGGUCCCGAACAGCAUUCAGUUAGCAGAUCCAACAUUUUUCCAACAAGGGAAAAUUGAUAUUUUACUCGGUGCGGAGUUCUAUUUUAGUCUGUUAAAGAAAGGUAAAUUAACGCUUGCUCCUGGGCUUCCAGUCUUGCAAAAUUCUACACUUGGCUGGAUUGUCAGUGGCAAGGUUGCAUCAAAUACAGACAAAUCAAACGUUUUAGGUGCAGUUUUUGGCGGUGGGGCGGAGGUUGUUGAUAAUAACUCAUCGUUAGAAAAUGCAAUUGAACGAUUAUGGCGAAUGGAUGAGGUGAAUACAACAGAAAGGACAUUAUCCAAAGAAGAAAAACUAUGCGAAUCUCUUUUUGUUCAGAACGUCCAUACAAAUAAAGGACGCUUUGUGGUACGGUUGCCGUUUCUGGAAAACUCAUUGACGUUAGGGGAAACUCAAGAAACAGCUUGGAGAAGGUUCAUCAGUCUUGAACGACGACUAGCAAAAAAUGAUGUUUUGCGGAAACAAUAUGUCCAGUUUAUGGAAGAGUAUGAGCGAUUGGGUCACAUGACUGAAGUAAACUUGGAUUCCAUGUUGACUCCAAGAUAUUUCAUUCCUCAUCAUUGCGUACUAAAACCAGAUAGUACAACUACUAAACUUCGAGUGGUGUUUGACGCAUCAGCCAAAACUACAUCUGGACACUCGUUGAAUGAUUUAAUGUAUAACGGACCGACAGUUCAAAGUGAACUCUUUUCAAUUCUGCUCCGUUUUAGGCGACCACGGUUUGUUUUCACCACAGAUAUCGAGAAAAUGUAUCGUCAAGUUUUCAUAAAUCCUAAAGAUCGACGCUGUCAACUUAUCAUUUGGAGAAGCAGUCCAAAUUCAACGAUUCGUUAUUAUCAGCUAAACACAAUUACAUAUGGGACUCGAGCAGCUCCUUACCUAGCAACAAGAUGUCUGCAAAAGAUAGCAUCAGAAAACAAAGUGAAUUAUCCAUUAGGAGCUCAAAUCCUGUGUGACAAUUUCUACGUUGACGAUGGGCUCGGUGGAUCAGAUAGUUUAAUUACGGCUAUUGAAGCUCAAAGACAACUAAUCCAUAUUUUGAAGAAGCAUCAUUUUUGUCUUCGGAAAUGGAGCGCAAACCAUCCUCAACUUUUGAAAAACAUUUCUCAAGAUGAUCAAGAGGUGAAUCUAGAUUUCGAUAAUAACGAGUCCAUCAAAACGCUGGGAAUAUUUUGGUUGCCCAAAGCAGAUUUAUUUGGAAUUAAGGUCACAAUGGUUAUUGAUGGUAUAAUCACGAAGAGAGUCGUUAGUUCUGAUUUAGCUAGACUGUUCGACCCACUUGGUUUAUUAGCUCCAGUAAUAGUCAAAGCAAAGAUUUUCAUACAACACUUAUGGCAGUUGAAAUUAUCUUGGGAUGAACCACUUCCUACAGAUCUUCGUACAACAUGGUCAACAUUCAGAAAAAACUUAAGUACUCUUGAAAAUCUUCAGGUGGCAAGACAUAUCUUCAGAGGCGAGGUUCCAUCAUCAACACAGCUACAUAUUUUUGCUGACGCAUCUGAAAAGGCAUUUGGUGCUGCAGCAUACUUCCACGCCAGUUUGCUAUCCACAAUUACUCCAAGGUAUUUCGUUUGA